GGCCCUAUACUAGUUCAAUGUGAUGUCGUUGCAUUCCGCAUCCAUGACCACUGCCAAUCGGUCACCCUCGGGUCUGGAAGAAAAUAAUUUUUCGUCGCGUGAGGACUAGAUGUCGGUCCCGGGCUUUACCUGCUGUGUUGUGAGUUGUAUUUAAGUGCCUUUAUUAAUUUAUUCCUAAAUGGCUCAAACAAUGGACCAAGAUCAAAGUCAAAGUAAUUUGGUAUCGGAAUUGGGAACACUUCUUAUUGAUACUUGUCAAGCAAAUGACGUGGAUACCCUGGAAACAUUGAGGCAGAUCGUUGAGGACCCAAAUGAGUGCAAGGAAUUUAUUCCUCAAUUAGGACAACGAGUUAAAGUGAAAGUGAAAAUUUUGUCAUAUUUAAACUAA